UACGCACUUUGUUCGUGGUUGGUCGUUGUUGCUGUCGCUCGUCGCAGCGCCGUUCGCAGCCCGGUUUCGUUCGUUCGUUCGUACGUUUACGUUUACGUUUGAGUUGUUCGAGUUGCUCGAUUCCCCCAUACGAUUUCGAUACCAGCUAACGAUUCUCUGAUUCUCUUUGGAUUCUCUGAUUUCGCGUUCGUCGCUCGCUCGUUGGCUCGCUGGCUCGAUUGCUUUGCCGUCGCGCAAAUUGCACAGAUUGUUGUUUUGUGGAUUGUUGUUUAGUGUCUUCUUGUCUUCUUGGAGUGUGUGCAUUUUGUGAAUGCCAAUUAAAUGCAGCACACAAAAAGCUUUCAAUAUACAACAAAUUGUUACAAGUGGUGUCAUCAACACACAACACAAUCAUCAUCCGCUUAAUCAUCAUUGUCAUUAUUAAAGGGUGACCCAAAUUCUGCGAGUGCAACAGUUUUCAUGUGCAAACAAAUAAAGUUCGAAAAGUGCCCGCCACAAAUGCAACAAAAGGAUUUACGCGUCCAUCUCAACAAGUUCAACUAACUAAAACAAAAAAAACAAAAGAAACUACAAAAUAAAGAUAAAGCUAAAACAAUCACUACUCGAUAAACUGGUUUAAAGUGCAAAUUAAAACUCAAGUACACUCUCUCACACAAAUACACAUCAAAUUACAACAAGUAUUUAUACAAACUAACACACAUACACACAUCGAGGACACAGCUUUAGUUGUUGUCAUUCACAUUCACAUUUCCUGCGCGCGCGUUCCCAAGAAAAGCCGUCAAAAUUCUUGAUAAAGUGGCCUCAAUAGGCGCCAACACGCUCAAUUUCACGGACCUAGGGAGCCCCUACGAGGGGCCUCCCAGCACUCCCCAAUCGGGCAUGGAUGCGCCGGACGCACCACACACGCCCAAAUACAUGGACGGUGGCAGCACCGCCGCCGUCAGCGCCAGCAUCACGCCCGGCGUCAACAUACCCGGCAAAUCGGCCUUUGUGGAGCUGCAACAGCAUGCCGCCGCCGGAUAUGGCGGCAUACGCAGCACCUAUCAGCAUUUUGGUCCACAAGGCGGUCAGGAUUCGGGCUUUCCGAGUCCACGCAGCGCCUUAGGCUAUCCAUUCCCGCCCAUGCAUCAGAAUUCCUACUCUGGCUAUCAUUUAGGCAGCUAUGCGCCGCCCUGUGCGAGUCCCCCCAAGGAUGACUUUUCAAUCUCAGACAAAUGCGAGGACUCCGGCCUACGUGUCAAUGGCAAGGGCAAGAAAAUGCGCAAGCCACGCACCAUUUACAGUUCACUGCAGCUCCAGCAAUUGAAUCGCCGUUUCCAACGCACCCAAUAUCUGGCUCUGCCCGAACGUGCCGAGCUGGCAGCGAGUCUGGGCCUAACGCAAACGCAGGUGAAAAUCUGGUUCCAGAAUCGUCGUUCCAAGUACAAAAAGAUGAUGAAAGCAGCUCAGGGCCCGGGCACCAACAGCGGCAUGCCACUGGGCGGCGGUGGACCCAAUCCUGGUCAGCAUAGUCCUAAUCAAAUGCACAGCGGCGGUAAUAACGGCGGUGGCUCGAAUAGCGGUUCACCCUCACAUUAUCUACCUCCCGGACAUAGUCCAACGCCAUCAAGUACGCCUGUGUCUGAGUUAUCACCCGAGUUCCCACCCACGGGUCUUAGUCCGCCAACGCAAGCGCCAUGGGAUCAGAAACCGCAUUGGAUUGAUCAUAAGCCACCACCGCAAAUGACACCACAGCCACCUCAUCCAGCGGCGCCGCAUCCGCAAACGCAUCAUCACAAUCCGCCACCACAAAUGGGCGGUUAUGUGCCGCAAUAUUGGUAUCAGCCCGAGACGAAUCCAUCAUUACUAACCGUGUGGCCGGCGGUUUAACAGCACCCUAAUACGCUGCCCCCGCCGUCCGCUGUGUGGGCACAGUCCAUGCAAUCCCAAUCCUACGAGGCAAGGCCCUGUGCCGAACUGAAUCUGCACGAGAAUCAUCUGCAACACCAGCAACAACUACAACAACAUCAUCAUCAUCUCCACCACCACCACCACCAACAUCCUCACAAUGGUGCGGUUUAUGUGGGCGAUGGUGAUGGGGCCGCAUCGGGGCAGUGAAUGCUACACACACAAAUACACACAUACACACACCUACACAGACAGCAUAUAUGUUAGCCAAUAAUUGAGCGUUGAUUGAUGAUUGAGAUCAAUUGUAUGGCAUGAUUGAUGAGAGUACUAUAAAAACAUUGUAAAAUAGUAAAUAAUAUGAAUGCAGUUAUUAAGGCCGUAAAACAUUUUGUAUAUUUAAACAAGCAAACAAACAUGUAAUUAAAUUUUAAAAUGUGAAUGAGUCGUUUUAAAGUUAGUGCUAAUAACAAAUACACAUAUAAUAUACGAAUAAUAAUAUUAAACAAUAUAUCAACUUAACAGAAAGACAACAAACACACAAACACACAUAUAAACAAUACAUUUAUACAUUCCUCAAUAUUAUUUUAAAUGUGUCCUUUACUUUUUUUUUUGUUUGUUUUAUUUGUGUAAAGCUUAGUGAAUUGCAUUAAACAAUAAAAAAGAAAACAUAAUAAUUACAAAAAAUGAAAUAUAAAUGACAAGAACAAAAACAGGACAAACAAUGAAAUCAGCUGUUGAUCUUAAGCCUUUUAAACGAGUAUAAAUACGAUUUUUUUUGUUUUAGAUUAUUUAACGCUACUUUUCUGUAUAGUAGAUGAAAAAGUAAUAAAUGAAAUCAGUUAAAAUCAGAUCUCAAUGGAACAACAUUUUGCAUAUAUUUUUUAUGAUGUCUCAACUGCACUCGGAACAAUAACAACAAUCGCAACCGCAACAACGAUAAAUAGAAAACUGGAUUUAUCAUCAUUUUAUGUGCAAUAUAAUUUAAUAUAUUCAGCUAAACAAAAAAAUUUAUUCAAAUGAAAAUAUUCAAUGCAUUCUAUAAAUUAUUAACAAAAGCCACUAUCAAUGUCAUUUGAAAUAGGAGAGAAAAAAAAUACAGCAAAGGAAAAGCAAAAAAAAAAAUAUUGUGUGAAAAAGGCGUUUAAAAUUUUGUAAUGUAAAUUUUCUGUAAAAAUCAACAAUUAUUUCUAUAAGCUAAACUACAUUUAAAACAAAAAAAAAAACAACAUUAUGAAAAUACAAAAAAUCUACAAAUAAUAAAAUUGCAUAAAAUGUAAAGUAAAUAUAAGAGUAUAAAUAUAAAUUGAAAUAAAGAGAAAUAAUAAAAGUAUAAGAAGUAUAAAUGCAGCUAAAUAUGCAAAAUAUAUUGAUGUAGUGCUUGCUAUAGUUAUAAUUAUAAUUAUAAUUAAGCGGUAAUUAGUGCGUGUGGUUAACUGUAGUUUAAUUUAUGAACGAGCAGAGAACAAACAAACAAAAAAAAACAUUCAAUUCCGAAUUAUUCAUUUACAAAAUCAACUUAGUUU